UUGAGAGAAAAUCCAAGAUCACCGCCUCACGCAAGCUCUUGCUGAAGAGCCUGAUGCUGGCCAAGGCCAAGGAAUGCUGGGAGCAGGAACACGAGGCCCGUGAGGCUGAGAAGGCACGCUAUCUGGCCGAACGCAUCCCUACGCUGCAGACCCGUGGCUUGUCACUCAGUGCCCUGCAGGACCUGUGCCGGGAGCUGCACGCCAAGGUGGAGGUGGUGGAUGAGGAGCGCUAUGAUAUCGAGGCCAAAUGCCUCCACAACACCAGGGAGAUUAAGGACCUGAAGCUCAAGGUGCUGGACCUCCGUGGAAAGUUCAAGCGCCCGCCGCUGCGUCGGGUCCGGGUCUCGGCCGAUGCCAUGCUGCGAGCCCUGCUGGGCUCCAAGCACAAGGUGUCCAUGGAUCUGCGGGCCAACUUAAAGUCCGUGAAGAAGGAGGACACAGAGAAGGAGCGGCCCGUGGAGGUGGGCGACUGGAGGAAGAAUGUGGAGGCCAUGUCUGGGAUGGAGGGCCGCAAGAAGAUGUUCGAUGCUGCCAAGUCCCCGACCUCACAGUAGAGGCUACAUGUGCUCUGGGUUCCUGCUUCAUGUUCCUUCUUUCCCCCAAGCCUGCAAUCCCCUCUCCAGCCCUUGCUCACAGCCUGCUGGCCCUCCUCUGCAGCUGGAACUAAUCAGUCAACACAAGAAAGACAACACAGACAGCUGGAGCCAGCACCGCAGCCUCCCGGACGCCCCGUGGUGCAGCUGGGGUGGAGGCCCUUGGGGGCCCCCUUCCUGCCAGCCCUGAGAUGCCCCCUUGUCCUGCUGCUGUGACAGCCAGAGGGUAUCCAGGCAUCGUAGCUCACACAUUAAAAGUUGAGUAUUUGGGUUGUUUCUCGA